AUGAAUUCAGGAACUGAUAGCCAUUUCCUCAGUGUUGGUGAUCAGCAUCGCGGUAGUCCGGCGAACAUCAUAAUGCCAAACACAGCAGGCGCCGCGACAGCGAACCCCUUCGAAGAGCCCCAACGCCGCAUCAAUGAAUACACCGCGCAGGAGAUUGCAACGCUACAAUCACGUCUCGACAAGAAAUUAGGACCGGAGUACAUCUCGGCACGACCUGGUGCCGCGGGGCAGAAAGUCCACUACCUAGCAGCAGACAAAUGUAUCAACCUCGCGAAUGAGGUGUUUGGAUUUAACGGCUGGUCCAGCUCUAUCCAGACUAUUCAGAUCGAUUUUGUCGAAGAGAAUCCAAACACUGGCAAAAUCAGCUUAGGUCUUUCAGUGAUUAUGAGGGUCACUCUUAGGGAUGGAACUUUCCACGAGGAUAUCGGCUAUGGACAUAUCGAGAACUGCAAGGGCAAGGCCGCGGCUUUUGAGAAGGCGAAGAAAGAAGGCACAACAGAUUCCUUAAAACGUACACUGAGGACCUUCGGCAAUGUGUUGGGUAACUGCGUUUAUGACAAGGACUAUGUAUCCAAAGUGACCAGGGUGAAGGCAGCUCCGGCAAAAUGGGAUGUUGAAGAUCUCCACCGUCAUCCUGACUUCGCUCCGCCUGCCAAAAAAGAACAACCCCCACCUCCACCCAAGCGCGUAUCUGAGGAUGAUGAUUUACCCCUUCCUCGUCCUGCAAAUCAAGCUAGGAGCAAUCAUAUAGCAAAUCAUAUUCCUACUGAUGGUGAUGGGGAAUUUGGAAGUGACCUCUUUGAUGAAGCGGAUUUUGGGGUGCCUGAUUCAGGCAAUCCAGACGAGAUAGUAAUAGACACAGAGCCUACACGACAACAGCCGCCUGCCCCUACAACAGGUCCAGUCCCCCAACGAGGGCCGCCUCUGCGAGGAGGAUUCAACCCGGCUGUCGUCACACCUUCAAAACCAGAGCGGUGGAACGGUUCAGGUCCGGCAGGACGGCCAGUCCCACCAACUGCAGCAAAUGGUCGUCCAGUGUCCGGCCAAAACCCCGCUCAAACCAUUCAAAAUUCUAGACCUCCAGUCCCACCACCACAACACGCUGGCCCAAACGGACAGGCAAAUAACAUCGCGCAACCUCCAAUCAAGAGGGAAUCCUUUCCAGGGCCAAAUCAAGAAAUGAACCCGCCACAAGGCACACCAUCAGGGGGAUUCUACUCAGCCAGGGCAGUGGACCUCCUCCGCGACAACCCAAACGGCGCAUUAGACGCGCCCCAAUUUGAUCCACGCGCGGAGAGUCCAUCGAUCCGCAAAACAGCCGGCGUGGAUCAUACCAAGAGCGUUCCCAUCUCCAGACCCAUGCUCUCCAACGCCUCUCCCGCACCCACCAACCCGGCAACUGAUCUCCAACGCAAAGUCGGUGCUCCAGGUGCCGGAUUCGGCAGCCCAGUUAGCAGAGGCCCAUCUGUUUCAUCUUACCGUCCCUUAACCAGACCUAAUCCCGGUGCCAAUCCCACAGCCAUGAAUCGAGGCAGCGUUCCCCCACAGAACCUUAAUGGAAAACGGCCUCCUCUGAACGACGUCACAAAUGCCAAUGCCUCGCCAGGCGCCAAUCAUGGGCCCCCAGCCCCCGGUCUAAAUGAACCAAAGCGACCUCGCGUCUCGGACGCUGAGUCUUCUGGCCCCGAUCCGCCACCCCAGUAA